GGCCAGUCGAGCCAUCCUUCAAAGACCACUACCAACAACAACGACAACACCAAAGUCAUCGCCAACGACGAGAAGCUCACCCCAGUCAAUGUGAUAAGUUGAUACAUCAAACCAAGCCCUACGCCUCAUGACAGCCCAUCGCGCGGGGGCGCAGUUUCACGUCUUAUCCCGCGGCACCACUCGCUCACCUCGCAUCAGCCUUCACACCGAAAUAUGAUUUCCUGCAUCCAAUUUCAGCCCAUACAACGCAAUACUUGAGCCGGACUCAGACCACGACUUCCGUCUCACAGGACCUCAUGAUCGUGCGACAUCAUCAUACCAGGCAACAGACAUGCCCCCGCGUUUGACGAAACGCGCGCCCGCCAAGGCCAAGGCCAACAACACAAAGUCGGCCAAGGCCAUCACGAAGCUCCUCACCCACCCCAAGUCCGUCCUGGCGACGGCAGAUCUCUACAAAAUAUUCACCAACCCAACGGCGCGCGACGUCCUCACCGACGAGGAGUGGGCCGAGAUCACGGCCUUGUUCCCCCCCGCCGCGCAUCCCGUCAAGGAGCAGGCCGGGGCAACCUCAAAGGCAGAGGAGUCAGGCAUGACGCAGCUCACCGUCGCCGCGCUCACCAGCGACAUGGGCUUCCGCCACGCGUGCGCCACGUACACAGAGAACCUCGCCGAGGGUAAGCACGAGGCCGGCUGGCUCGAGGACGCCUGGACCGCGCACGCGCAGAGAAAGGCCGGCGCCUUUGAUGCCCACCUGGCCGCCAAGUUCGAGGACGACUGGGGUGUCGCGCCGCCACCGUCACCGUCGUGCGAAGGCAGCACCUCGUGGACGAGGGGGGGCUCGCGCGGGAGCGGAAGCGGCACUGUUGCACCCUAG